AUGCGCCCCUCAGGGCUUAGCAACAGGCAUGAGCGGGAGUUGGCGGGGUCGGAACCCGUUUUGAUCGGCGUCGGCCGCGCGGAAGCGCAACUCCGUAGGGAAAUGGACGGCGUCACGAGCGCCCUUUUACAAAGGCAGCAGCAGCGAUGGCUGGCGUUUGGCCGAGAGCGCGCGGCUGUGCGUGCGCGCGUGGAUCGAGGCAUGGGGGAGUUGUUGGAUGGAGUUGAAGGCGUUGUGCCGCCGUGCGUCCUUGACCCACCCAUCCUCGCGGAAAGUCCUUGCCCACCUCUUCCACCGCCUCAGCAAGUGGAUGCAAGGUGUGCAAAGCGUGAGGCAGGGGUGCUGCCGCUGGCAGCUUUGUCUGCGCCUGCUGGGGGGAAGCGGGCCCUCGUUCCGUACGGUGACAACAGCGGCAAACUGCGAGUUGCCGCGGAGGAACUGACAUUUCCGCAGGUUUGUUUCAUGUCUCCAGGUGGGAAGGGCGCGCCACCGCGAGGCUUCCCUUCUCCGUUUGAGAGCUCUGGUUUCCAAUGUGUGACGCAUUGGGCCGAAACGAGCCUUCAGGAAGUCUUACUUACUGCAUUAGGGCCACGCUCUCAGCGGGAGCGCAGAAACCAAGAUGAGCCUAACGGUCGUCUUCUUGUGGGGGUGGCGUGUUACUUGCUCAAUGAACUCCUCAUUCGUGAGCCAAAGCUGUCAAGGGUUUGGCCACAACUUCGGGAAGUGAUCUUCAGGGCCAUUUUUCAGCCGCCGGUGUAUCCUCUUCCUCCAGGAGUUGAGAGGGUUGUGGGGUCGUCCUAUCCCCCUUUCGAGGGGCGUCAGGCCUUCGAGGCGCUGAACUUGUGGUCCGGCGCGUUCCUUGCCAGCCGCGCCGAGAACGCUCGGUUGUCUCAGAGGAUUGAGGACUUGAAGAGUGUCGUGGAGAAGAGUCGACUCAUUCUCCGUUUUGCGCAGCGGCGGGUGGAUGAAAUGCUUGUGGGGAAUUUCUUUCGUGCGUGGCGGAAAUCAACUCAGCGACAACGGUGUUUUCGUGACUCCGCGACGGCGUACUUUACGCGUAUGCGGCAGCGUAUCCGCCUGGAGGUGUGCUUUUUGCGCUGGCGACGCGUUUCGGCCCAAUCACAGGUGGCAGAGCUGCUGAAGAUGGUGAAGGAGUCUGAAGUGCGACUGGCGUUUCUGGAGGGCUCCAACACGAAGCAAGUAAACACCCUCUUGGAGCAACUCAAGGAGGAACAAAAGGCGAAUGCCAUUCUUGAGCUGAAGAAGGAAACAUUAAAGUCGCAAUUGGCAGAAGGCCACGUGAUUGCCCUGCGUGCGAUAGAUAAUGAGCUUCAACAGCAGCAGGCAAAUAUUUUAAUGGCGAAAAAGCAGGGCAAACGCUGGGAACGCCUUGCAAAGACAUUUUCAUGUAGCACAAAAUUUACGAUGGUUCCGCCAUCGUUACGAAAGUUGGGUGUUGCCUUGCGGCGUGUCGAGGAGCAAUGCGCCUUGCGUAUACAAUUAGUAAACGAUUGGGCGAAGGAGGCACGCCGUUCUCUGGAGUUGUUUUUGCUUGAGUGGGUGAAUUGUUUCAUGAAAACCACCAUGACGGAUGUCCCCUGGCACCCUGUGGUAAAGAUUUCCACCGGCUUUGAGAACGGGGAUUUUGGUCCUGGGGCCUUGUUGCAGCUUGUGCGUGCGUUGGAAUCGGCGUACCUUGGACGAGGGGUGCACUGCGCGCCGUUUCCCUCCUCGGCGGCGAAGCGCGAAGAGUCUUUGGAUUCGGUGAAGGCCGACGAUGGCGCGGAUGCCUCCGUAGAGGCGUCGAAUGAUGCACUUUUCACUGAGCUGCGACGCUUGCUCUACCUGCAGACGAUGGAGGGCCUCUAUCCCCCACUGCUCUCUUGCUGCACCUUCCUGGAAAGCUUCUUUGGCCCCGCAGUCUUCUGUCGGGUGCCGCACCCCACCGCCAUGUUGUGGGUCCUCGCCUCCCUCUUCGUUGGGUAUACACGUCUCGCCUGCGGUGAUGCUGUGCAGUUGGAACACGGCCUGGACGCCGCAUUGCGCUGCCCGGAGGAAGCGGCGCUUCAGAAUUACUUCCUGAUGCCGCGUUUAGUGGCGAAUGAGGCGGCGGCGACGAAAGACGGCACACGUGCUGGGUAUCGUGGGGGGCGUAGAGUCAGUCGUGCGUACGUGAUCUCAAACAAUACCACCAUACAAAAGCACCCGCGCUCACGGCAGUGGCGCGGAGAAUUUGCCCGCAAAAGACGUGAGGAGGAAGAGAUGGACGAGGCAGCGGCCAAAGAUAGGGAGCGACUGGCAGAUACGCUCUCUGAUCUGGAGGUGUACCUGGGGCUUGAUGACCAGGAGGACGAGGACAGUGACAGUAGCAGCAGCAGCGAAGAGGGCGGCAGUGCCGCGGCUGAUAGCAAUGCUGAAGGUACAGGGACAGCGCUCUCCACGGCGCAUGCCUCCUCCGACACGCGAGUGGAGACGCCAAAGCAGAACGCAAACGCUCUGGACGAAGAAAGACAAAGACGCGUGAACCGGAAGGCACGCCUCGUCCCGCCCAUGAAUGAGUCCAUGUGUUCAUUUUCGUUACGGGAGUUUGUGGAGUACCACCAUCGGGCGGCGAAGCAGCGACGAGUAUGGAUGGGGCUUUCCCGCGUGGUUUCCUCGUUGGUGGUGCGCUUCUGUGUACUGGACGUUGGAGCCCCGGUGCCGGAGGAGCCAAGGCCGCUCCCUAACCGGAGAAGCUCAACCUCACGACCGCGACCGCCGUCCGUGUCGAAUCGCACGGUUUCUAUUCGCCAGUCACGGAGGUCCAUUCGAUUGUUGCCUUCCUUUUCUUAG